AGAGAGAGAGAGAGGGUCACGCCAAACCAAAUUGUUGGCAAGGCUGGGAUUAGAAAGCAGACAGACAUCCAAAACAAAAUAGCUCGGCUUGAUUUAGGGCAGCAGCUGCAGCAAGGACCGCAACCUAAAAGUACAAUCAGCCAAGAAGAAGAAAACAAUUAACCAAUAAAGAAGAUAACAAAGCAGAGAGAUCUUCUGGAAAAAAGCUUUCAUCACCAUAUGGAAAAGAAGUGAGUUCACUGCAUCUUGGCUCACAAGAAAGGACACUGACUUAGAUCCAUUUACUGUUUUUAUUGUUGAAUUUGGACCAUCGCUAUGCAUCUAUCCAUAUUGCUUCUCUUCGCCCUGCUCAGAGAAAUUAGUGCUCAGUUCCCCAGGCAAUGUGCUACCGUUGAUGCGCUGACAAGAGGGGAAUGCUGCCCAGACCUGUCUCCAGUGGUGGUUCCUGGUUCAGACAGGUGUGGGUCAUCUUCUGGAAGGGGGCAGUGUGUACAAGUGACAGCCGAUUCCAGACCCCAUGGACCCCAGUACAUGCACGAUGGGCGAGAUGACCGUGAACAAUGGCCUCUGCGCUUCUUCAACCGAACCUGCCAGUGCAACAGGAACUUCUCUGGAUACAACUGCGGAGCCUGUCGAGCUGGCUGGAGUGGACCUGCCUGUGAUCAGCAGACACAAAUAGUCAGAAGAAACCUUCUGGAUCUGAGUAAUGAAGAAAGGAAUCGCUUCCUAAGAGCCUUGCAACAGGCCAAGAACACAAUUCACCCUGACAUUGUGAUAGCCACAAGGAGACGUGAAGAGAUAUUGGGCCCUGAUGGCAAUACACCGCAAUUUGAAAAUGUGACCAUUUAUAAUUAUUUUGUGUGGUCCCAUUAUUACUCUGUCAGAAAGACAUUUCUUGGACCAGGGCAGCAGAGCUUUGGUGGAAUAGAUUUCUCCCAUGAAGGACCAGCUUUUCUCACCUGGCAUAGAUACCAUUUACUACAGUUGGAGAGAGACUUGCAGAACAUGCUACAGGAUCCUUUCUUUGCCCUCCCCUACUGGAACUUCGCAACAGGUAGAAACACCUGUGAUAUUUGCACAGAUGACCUCAUGGGAGCAAGAAGCAAUUUUGACACCACUCUGAUAAGCCAAAACUCAAUCUUCUCUCAGUGGCGGGUUUUGUGUGAGGAGAUUGAAGACUACGACACGUUGGGUACCAUUUGCAACAGCACAGAAGGAGGCCCAAUUAGACGAAACCCUGCUGGAAAUGUUGCCCGCCCAAUGGUGCAGCGCCUGCCUGAGCCACAGGAUGUUGCUCUUUGCUUAGAAGUCGGAUUGUUCGAUACGCCUCCGUUCUAUUCAAAUUCAACAGACAGCUUUCGUAAUACAGUGGAAGGUUACAGCGACCCUUCGGGGAAGUACAAUCCAGCCGUGCGUAGCCUUCACAAUCUGGCCCAUCUGUUUUUGAACGGCACGGGAGGGCAAACCCAUUUGUCCCCAAACGAUCCCAUUUUUGUCCUCCUGCACACAUUCACCGACGCUCUUUUUGACGAAUGGCUGAGAAGGCAUAAUCCUGAUAUCUCGAUCUACCCACUAGAGAAUGCCCCCAUUGGACAUAACAGACGGUACAACAUGGUACCAUUCUGGCCCCCCGUGGCCAACAAUGAGAUGUUUGUUACAGCACCAGGAAAUCUGGGAUACAGUUAUGAAGUUCAGUGGCCAACUCGGGCUCUCCAAGUCACGGAAAUCAUCACUAUUGCCAUUGUCACUGCCUUGAUCCUAGUUGCAAUUAUAUUCGCUGCUGCCACAUGCAUCGUCCGUGCCAGGAGAAACAAGGAUGAUCUUCAUCAGCCGCUUCUCACGGACCAGUACCAGACCUACUCGGACGAUUAUGACAGCAUACCAACCCCAAGCCACUCCAUGGUGUGAAGUGUCAGCAAUUUAUCUGCACUCUGUAGCAUUUGCUCUUUCUGAUCUGAUUCGCAAUAAAGAACAUGAAGAGUGACAAAACCUUUCCUCUCGCCAGGGAAA